ACCCAGUAGCUUGAACAAAAAGAAAGAGCGAGGGAGAGAUUAAAAGAAAACAAAAAAGGAAAGGAGCGAAACAUUACUGAAAUCACAGCAACGAUUACGAGGGAGCUUCAAACCCUAGAGAGCUUCUUCACAGGUGUGACUGACUGGAGCCAGAUUCAGGAGUUGAAAGAUGACUCAAGAUGUGGAGAUGAAAGACCAUCAAACACCUUCGCAUUCUGUCGCCUCUGCCUUGCCGUCCACUUUACAGCAUUUGAAGGAUAUAGCGUCACUAAUCGAGAGUGGCGCGCACACCAAGGAGGUUCGACGGAUUGGUAGAGCUGUUCGCCUCACUAUGGGCCUUAGGCACAAGCUUACUGCGCCCGUGCUCUCUGCCUUUCUUGAUUUCGCAUUUGCUCCGGGCUCUGAGACAUAUAAGCAAUUGUCUGCGUAUCUUCCGAAGGACGAUGAGCAUGCGAUGGAAGUUGAUUCUGCACCAUCCGCUAAACAAGCUCCAACAAAACACUCAUCGCCAGAGCUUGAGAUUUUCUGUUACUUGCUUGUCCUACUUUUUUUGAUUGAUCUGAAGAAAUACAAUGAGGCAAAAGCUUGUUCCUCAGCAAGUAUUGCUCGGCUUAAGAGCAUAAACAGGAGAACUCUAGAUGUUCUAUCAUCUAGACUGUACUUUUAUUAUUCAUAUAGUUAUGAACUCACAGGAGAUCUUGCUGAAAUUCGUGGCAACCUUCUUGCAUUGCAUCGCAUAGCCACACUGCGCCAUGACGAACUUGGUCAGGAAACACUGUUGAACUUAUUACUUCGUAACUACCUACACUAUAAUCUAUAUGAUCAAGCUGAGAAGCUAAGGUCUAAGGCACCACGAUUUGAAGCUCAUUCGAAUCAGCAGUUCUGUAGGUAUCUAUUUUACCUUGGGAAAAUUCGAACAAUUCAGCUGGAGUAUACUGAUGCAAAAGAAAGUCUCCUUCAGGCUGCUCGGAAAGCACCUAUUGCUGCUCAAGGCUUUCGCAUUCAAUGCAACAAAUGGGCUGUGUUAGUUAGGUUACUGUUGGGAGAAAUACCUGAGAGAACAAUUUUUGUGCGGAGAGGAAUGGAGAAAGCUUUGAGGCCAUAUUUUGAGCUUACUAAUGCUGUGAGGAUUGGCGACCUGGAGCUAUUUAAAACUGUCGCAGAUAAGUUUUCUAGCUCUUUUAAUACAGACGGAACUCAUAAUUUGAUUGUGCGUCUGCGGCAUAAUGUUAUUAGGACUGGGUUACGCAACAUCAGUAUCUCGUAUUCUCGCAUCUCGCUCACUGAUGUUGCCAAAAAGUUGAGGUUGGACACUGCAAACCCCGUUGCAGAUGCAGAAAGCAUCGUGGCAAAGGCUAUCCGUGAUGGUGCAGUUGAUGCCACUUUGGAUCAUGAAAAUGGGUGGAUGGUGUCAAAGGAAACUGGAGAUAUUUACUCCACAAACGAGCCUCAAAUUGCAUUCAAUUCUAGGAUUGCUUUUUGUCUGAAUAUGCACAAUGAAGCUGUUCGGGCCUUGCGAUACCCACCUAAUACACAAGAAGAUAAGGAAACUGCUGAGAAGAGGAGAGAACGACAGCAACAGGAGCAGGAACUCGCAAAGCAUAUUGCAGAGGAGGAUGAUGAUGAUUUUUAGACACAGCCUUUUGUCUGUUGGAACCAAACAUCUCCAUUUAGUUUCUUUGUUCAUGAUUCUCGUCAAAAUCGCAUGAGUAUAAUUUUUCCCUUUUGGAGUGUUUAUAUAUUAUGAUAGACGUCAUCACUUAGAUUUUAUAUUUCCCAUUUUCCUUUAUCUUUGAGCAUGCAUGAGUACAACUACAUGACUGAAAUGUUUGUGACAAUUUGUCGAGCCAUUGCUGUUUAUUUGAAGCGCACAACUUUAAUUUGGUGCUUUUAUGGCGGUGAAAGGUUUAUAGUAAUAUA